AUGCCACUAGAAGAAACACCAGAAGUGGGCUUGACUGCCACACCCAUGACAGCUGCAGUUAGCCUGAAACUACCUCAGUACUGGCCAGCAGAUCCACAUGAAGUCAGGGACAUCCUCCUAAAUCCUCCACAAGACACCCCCUACAAAACCCUGCGUGAGGAGCUGAUCAAAAGAACAACGGCAACUGAACAAAAACGACUACAGCAGCUCCUGACAGACGAGGUACUUGGCGAUCGUAAGCCGACACAAGUACUGCAAGACUCGAUCCUGCACCAGUUAUUCUUGCAACGGUUACCGGCUAGCGUACAGAUGGUAAUCACCUCGGCAGGAGACUCCAUGACGAUGGAACAACUCGCCGAGCUGGCUGACAAAGUCAUGGCUGUGUCCAUCCCAUCUCACGGGGUAAACUCCGUGACACCGGUGGCUACCCUGACAGCAAACCUGCAGAGCGAGGUAGAGCUUCUUUGCGGCGAGAUAAAUCGUCUAACCGCUCAAGUCCAGAAACUCUCGACCAACCCUCAAUGCUCCCGUUCUCACUCUUGCAGUCGUCGACCCCGUGCCAGUACUCCAACUCCUCCGGAUGACGCCAACGUGUGCUGGUAUCAUGCCAAAUUUGGUGACGGGGCCCACAAGUGCACCCAGCCCUGUUCCUUCAAUGCCAGCAACCAGGGAAACGGCCAGGCCGGCAAGUAA